AUGGAAAAUUAUAAUAGUGAUAGUGAGGAGGAGUUCGAAAGUAAUUAUGAAUGCCUUGAUCCGGGUGGAGAUGGAGAUCAGGCCGAGGACACUAUGCACGCAGAUGUGGCAAAUGCACUAGUAAACCAGCAUCCGUUUGUGGAGCCUACUUUCAUGCGCUCACUGGACUUGGAGGCCAUGCAUACACCGGAAUUUCCUGAGUAUAUGAAUGCAGGUUGUCUGUUAGUGGCAGUUUCUCAGGACGGCAACAACAAUAUUGUGCCCAUUGCAUUCGCGAUAGUGGAGGGGGAGACUUCAGACGCGUGGCACUUUUUUCUCAGUAACUUGCGACAGCAUGUGGUGACGCGUGACGGUGUGGGCCUUAUAUCCGACAGACAUGAAUCCAUCAACUCAGCUAUUGUUCGGAGUAACGGAGCCUGGUCUCCUCCUAGGGCUUUCCACAUGUUUUGUAUCAGGCAUAUAGAGUCGAACUUCUUGAGAAAGUUCAAGGCUCCAUACCUGCAGAAGCUUAUCGUCAACAUAGGAUAUUCGAGGACGGUCCGCGAGUACGAGAUACGUUAUCAGCGACUGCGCGAACGCGGUGAGGCCUACAGUACCUGGCUAGACAGGAUACCGCGCGAGCAGUAUGCCUUGGCAUUUGAUGGUGGAUACCGAUGGGGUCAUAUGACAACCAAUCUGGUGGAGUACAUCAACUCGGUUUUGAAAGGAGCGCGCAAUCUCCCAAUCACUGCACUUGUUAAGGCAACGUUUUACAGGCUUAACGAGUUAUUCACACGAAAAAGAGCCGAGUAUGAGGCACGUAUUAAUGCUGGACAUGUGUUCUCUGAGGUUGUGACGACUAAAUUGCAUGCAAAUCAGCGGGCAUCGGAAAACAUCCAGGUUAGUUGCUUUGAUAGACAGAAUGAGGUAUUUGAGGUACGUGAGAUGCCUAGUGGAGUGGAGUACGCAGUCGACCUACGUCGAAGAGUUUGUGACUGUGGCGAAUUCCAAGUGGAUCGCAUUCCGUGUCGACAUGUAUUUGCUUGUUGUGCAAAUCAGCGACUUGAUUGGCAGGUGUAUUUUCAUGAAGUAUACAAGAUGGACCAAAUUCGAAGAGUUUACAGAGUUAGGUUUAGGCCACUAGAAAAUCCGACAACGUGA